AUGUCAUCUGACCUUUCAGACGUUAGACUCUUUGUCAGACCACUUCCAUUCGAUGUUAACGAAGAGGACUUGAAGAGCUUCUUCUCCCCUAUUGGUGAAAUCACCGAUUUCAUCGUUGCUAGAGGUUAUGCCUUUGUUGAAUACGCUAAUGCAGAUUUGGCAAGACAAGCCAUCGCUGAAUUGCACCAAAAGCCGUUCGGUGAUGUUCCAUUAUCCUUGGAGUACGCUAAG